AUUUGGAAAUCACACACACACACACACAACAAAAUGUCUCCAAAAUCAAUCUUUUUACCUAUUCUUCUUCUAAUCAUAUUUGUCUCUUCAUCUCAAGCAAGUCGUCAACUUUGGGAUGGUGGAUUUGGCGGGAUGUUUCAUGGGUUUCCAGGCUUUCACGGAAAUGGAGAUUUGAUGAAUCCAACACAUACAUGCACGGUGCAAGGACCUUGUUACGGUAAGAAGCUGACUUGUCCUGCGGAGUGCUACAAGUCAACCAACGUUGAAAAAGAAGGUUACAAAAGUACAAGCAAGAGCGGAGGAUGCUCAAUGGACUGCACGGAGAAGUGUAUCGCGCAUUGUUCUAAUUAAUCAUUUUCUGUUACUUUAUAGUCUAUAUAUAUGAGUAUGAUUAAGACGUACCGCAUUUGUUUUGUUUUCUCCUUGUGUAUGGAUUUUGAUUUAGCUUUUCUAUCAUUCUAUGUACAUAAUAUGUUAAUGAAUAAAAGAAAAUUUU